AUGGCUGAUCAGAAUGGCUCCUCUCUGGAGCUCAGCUUCCUGCAAUACCAGUUCAUAAAUGAGAAGACAGACUUAUUGACCACAAUUAUAUCAUCUGUUGUGCUGUUCAUCUCCUUGCUUUUCAUCUCUUUGAACCUCGUCAUGUUUCUUGCCAUGUGGAGUAAACCCAGCUUCCGUGAAUCUUCCCGCUAUCUUCUAUUCGGCCAAAUGCUCCUCAGUGACUCAAUCCAUUUGGGAUUCGCCACAUUCCUCUACUUGUGUUCCCUGACUAAAAUCACCCUCAUCAAGGUCCUCUGCUCCAUGAACGUCCUGGUAAGCAGCACAACAUUCCGCAUCUCCCCCCUAACGCUGGCUGUGAUGUGUCUGGAACGCUAUGUGGCCAUCUGUUUCCCACUCCGACAUGCUGACAUCGCCACCCCCAGGAGAACCAGUAUUGCCAUUGCAGUGAUCUGGUUCUUGGGCUCUGUGAACUAUGUGAUUGAUAUUAUUUUUUUAACAGCCACAGAUGCCGAGUUCCUAACCAAAAACAUUUACUGCACACAUGAGCGCCUCUUUUUGGCCAAGUGGCAGUUUGAUGUGUUCCAGGGCUUCAACGGAUUUUUCUUUGUGGCCGUGGGGAUCACUGUUAUCAGCACCUACACAGGCAUCAUGAUGGCAGCCCGGUCCAUCAAGGCCAAAAAGGCCAGCAGGACGGUUCUCCUUCACCUGGCCCAAUUGUGCCUCUGCCUCACCUCCUUCCUGUACAGCAGCAUCGAGAGAGCCCUGUCCACAGUCACCUUAGCUUUUUUUAAAUACCCGCGCUGCCUGAACUUCUGCCUCCUCAUCCUCCUGCCCCGCUGCCUGAGCCCCCUCAUCUAUGGACUGAGGGAUGAAGGAGUUCGCCCCCUCUUCCUCUGCUACCUCCGCUGUGGUCACUGGAGGAUCAAGCCAGCUAUAAUUUAA